AUGAGACGGCAUGGACGACGGGAGAAGCACACCAGCAACGACUCUGCGAACAGUGCGACUGUGCUGCUUAGCUCUGAUGCGCUGGCGCAGCUCGACCAGUUAAACCGCAAAGCAGACGAGGACAUGAAAAAGAAGGCUCGAAAGGAGGAAAUCAAGCAGCAAAAGAAAGAAAAGAAGAAGAAGAAAUACAUUUUUGAAAGCGGGUUUGCCGGAGAUAGCGAGAAGGAAAGGGAGAAAGGCUGGGAAAGCUCAGGAGACAUACAAAGAAAGAAAAGGAGGGAGAAAGACAGAGAAAAUGAGAAGAAAAGGCUUGUUUCUGGCGCUUAUUUGGAAGAAGGGAGAAGUCCUGAAUUAAGAACUAGAGGAGGUGGAAGACGCCGCACCGAGAAGUAUCAUGGCGGAGGCGGAGGUGGUGGAGGAGAUGACUACUAUUUCAGUGAUGGCUACGAUUAUGAAGAAGAGGGCAGUGCUGGCAACGGUUGUUUUCAGAACUGGUCCAAGAGGAAAAAGAUCAUCGUUGUGGUCGGAGUGUGUCUUCUUCUGCUUGCGAUUAUCAUUGCCGUCGCCAUAAUUGUGUCGAAGAAGAACGGCGGCGGCGGGAAACACCCUGACGGCCCUGUAACCACUGGUCCAUCUCACAGUGAGCUUGAUGGGAUAAGUCCUGAUUCUGUACCGCCUGAUGCAAAAGGGACCCAUCUAGAUCCGUUUUCAUGGUAUGACACGGCCGAUUUCAAUGUCACAUAUACUGACGAAACCGUUGGCGGUUUACCUAUCAUGGGCCUAAAUUCUACUUGGGACGAUUCUGCCCAAGCAAAUGAGAAGGUUCCAGCCUUGGACAAACCGUUUCCCUACGGUAAACAGCCUAUACGAGGUGUGAAUCUCGGUGGCUGGCUUUCCAUGGAACCAUUCAUUACCCCCUCUUUUUUCCAGCGAUAUUCUGCACGAGAUAACGUUGUGGACGAAUAUACCCUUACUAAACGACUGGGGAAUGCGGGGAAACCAACGUUAGAAAAACACUACGCUACAUUCGUAAAUGAGCAGUCGUUCAAAGAGAUUCGUGAUGCUGGAUUUGAUCAUGUUCGAAUACCAUACGGAUACUGGGUAGUGACAACCUACGAUGGUGAUCCUUACUUCGCUAAGAUGGGCUGGCGAUAUCUCUUGCGAGCCAUUGAGUAUUGCAGGAAAUUCGGCUUACGCGUGAACCUGGACCUACACGGCGUUCCGGGGAGCCAGAACGGAUGGAACCACUCCGGCCGCCAGGGCGAGAUAAAGUGGCUCAAUGGUGAUGAUGGCGCUAAAUGGGGCCAAAGAGCACUUGACCUACACGACCAACUAUCUAAAUUCUUUGCUCAACCUCGAUAUAAGAAUGUCAUUGCUCUAUAUGGUCUCGCAAACGAACCGAUGAUGUUGAAGUUGGACAUUGAACCUGUUUUAGAUUGGACCACCAAAGCUGCUGAUAUUGUCGGCGGGAAUGGAAUGAAGCAGAAAAUUGUUUUUGGAGAUGGCUUCCUGAAGUUAUCAAAAUGGUCGAGUAUAUUGCAAAAUACUGGCCAUGACUUGAUUAUAGAUACACACCAGUACACCAUCUUCAACGCCGACCUGAUCAAACUGACUCACAAGAAGAAGCUUGAAUUUGUUUGCGAUAGCUGGGUUGAUUUAAUCACAAAGAGCAGCACAAAAGGGAGUGGCGUUGGGGUCGGGUCUCGCUGGACAGGCACAAUGGACAAAAACCCCAUCGGUGGAGAUCCCGUCCUCACACCAUCUUGUCCAAGCGGCAAACAAUGUUCCUGUGAUGCAGCAAAUGCAGACCCGUCGCAAUACUCAGAUUCUUACAAGAAAUGGCUCAGGCUAUAUGCUGAAGCUCAGAUCUCCGCCUUUGAAAAAGGCUGGGGCUGGUUUUACUGGACCUGGGACAGCGAGUCAGCUGCCCAGUGGAGUUGGAAGAAGGGGAUGGCAGCAGGUAUAUUACCUGCCAAAGCAUAUGAACCGGAGUUCAAAUGUGGUGACGAUAUUCCUGAUUUUGGUGAUUUGCCGGAGAAUUAUUAG